AUGUGUUCUCUCCUCAAAUCAACUCUGCUCCUUGUCUUCAUUCAAGUUGCCCGUUCAACAUCUUGUGCCUCUACCACAGUAGCUACUGGACCUUGUCCCACGGCAGUUGAUGGAUCAGCAUGCGGUACAACGGCUAUUUGUGCCACAUUCGCCGAUGGGUCUCUUCAAUGCUGUCCUCUUGCUUCUGUUGUAUCGAACACAUCUUCUUCAACUUCAACAACUACAACUCCAGCUUGUGUUGACUUAACGAAUGCUGCGACGGGUGUCUCUGAUUGUGCGGCUCGAGCUGCUAUUGGAUAUUGUACAAGACGCUACUAUGUGACAUUCAUGAAGAAACAAUGCCGCAAAACAUGUGGAUAUUGCACAUCAUCGACAUCCACAAAUUCCACUUGUGUCGAUUUGGUGAACCCAUCAACUGGAGUCUCUGAUUGUACUCGCCUCUCAUAUUUGUGUUCAAGCUCUGCCUAUUACUCUGUGAUGGUUGUUCAAUGCCCUGUCACUUGUGGAUUCUGUUCUGGA